AUGCCAAAGAGCUCCAAGAAACGAAAAGAAAAGGCAGCCGAUUUUGCGAAAGCCAAACUCAAGCUUGGGAAGGGCAAAAAGGCUCCAAGUAAUGAAAUAGAUACAUCAUUCAAAGCCAGAUCCGUGGCUCUUCCAAAUCAAACAAUACGGACGGAGGAACAAGUCGCGGAGCAAGGGAUACCAACAACUCGACGCCGGCUCACAUACGAUGACUUGCUCAUCCACUUAAGACAUUACAGUCCUGGGACCCGUAAAGAUGCUUUGCAGGGCUUGCGCGAAUUACUGGGCAACCACCAAGAGCUCAUCAUCCCCAAUCUGGGAAGUUUGCUCGACGCCAUUUCAAAAUUAAUAGCUGAUGAUGACCAUUCCGUCCGGAAAUCCCUGAUAUCUUUCUUAGAAUGGGUUCUUGACCAAAUCCCUACGGCUACUUUAAUACCGCAUGCUCCCCCUCUUCUCUUAUUCGCUGCUGCCGCACUGGCUCACAUUUCUGCCCCAGUCCGAGCCGAUUCCGUACGAAUAAUAAGCGUUCUUUUAGCAAGAGUACCGCACGCAGUAGUUUCUGGCACGGGGUUAAGAGGAGCGAAGGCUGAAGGUCCUGGGGCAAGGAUACUCGAUGGUUUAAUGGACUUGGCGGUUGCAGAUUCCCGAGGAGUCGGUAGUGAUCAAUCUCUCUCGAACUCGACUAAAUCUACACUUCUUGCUACUCUUUCGAUGUUCCUCCAACACGCCCUGGCAAUCUCACCUACUUUCGAUCGCCCCGAUAGCUCUAUUCCAACCUGGUUUUUCGCAAGUUCUUUUCCAUCAAACACAGCUUUCGACUCCUUUAUCGCACUAUUAUCUGUACGCAAGGCAAAUGGGAUGCAGCGAAAGGGCAGAUACGUGGAGUUGAACAAAGGAGAACUCAUGGCUGGUCCAAUGGACUUUGACUUGGAUAUCCUGGAUCCUGAUGAGACUCUUGAGAGCAACGCCUCGAACAAGAGCGAGAGCGAAGUUCCAUUAUUAGUUUUGGUGACCCGACUUCAUCCUUUGCUAACAGCAACCUUUCUCGACAAUGCUCCUCAAUUAAGCCUACCGACUUCAAUGACUUCUCAAUCGCUAGAAUUGGUAUUAAGCGUAGUAGAACUCGCAAGGCUUGUGUAUGGGGCAUUGAUACGAGAUGGAGAUACGCGCGAGGGACUCCAAACUCUCAACCUUGCUUAUGCUGAACUAGUUUCUCUGAAUAUCUCUCGCACACUACCGACGGACUCGGCCAUUCGACGGCGGAACAAAAAGGGGAGCAAACCAAGAACCGAUGGACAACAAAUUGACGAAGUCGCUUCGUAUGUGGUACGGACAUUACGGGGGGAGGUCGGAUCGACACCCGGGUUACCCUCAGCACUGUCCUUGAUCGCUUAUACAUCCCUCUUGCCUACACUGUGGGCGCUUCGCUCCGAGAAAGACGUGAUACCUGCCACCAUGCAGCAUGCCGCCUCGGGUUCUGGCGCAGGGCACAAGAACGUAAAGCGGGCAGCAGUUGAAUUCAUGGGCAGAUCAUUCUGCCUAGAUAACGCAGAGGUAAUGGAAUGGGUUCUGGGGCUACCGCGGACGGCCUGGGAGUUUGGAGAGAAGGAUCCAAGGGGAACUGAGCUUGUCCUACUUAUACUGUUGAGAAUGAAUCAAAGAAAACUUUAUGAUGACCCGACUUUGAAUGCUCUUCGGCAACGGCUGAUUCCGUUCUUUAUAUUCGACCAUGCUAAACGAGGGACAAUCACCGGUCCCUGGACAAAGCUUCCUGAUCACCUCCAGAGGCUCGCACUAGAUGUGAUGUCAAGCUUGUGCCACGACGGAGGAGAUGUGAGAGAAUUGACAAAUGCGGUCGAUCGUGCUGUCGCUCAAACUACACUGGCUGAGUACUGGGUACACGUGCGACCUCAUCUAAAGGUUUAA